CGGGUCGCCAUGAUGACACCAAGUUAAUAACCUAUACACUUCUGCAGCACGUGGAUAAUUUUGUUAAAACAAAUGAGUUUAUUCGUAAUAAAUAGGUAUGAGGGUGAAAAGAAGGUGGAAACAGAAAAUGAAAAGAAACAUCUAUCUGAAUUACUGAAAAGAAUAGAAGAACGUAAACGAAAGAAGCUAGCUAAAAAUUAUUCUAAAGAUACAAAGGAAUUUAAAGAAAGAAAAAAGAAACACAAGAAAAGAAAAAUUCAAAAUGAUCCAGUGCAAGAUAUAUCCAUUAAUGAAGAUAAACAAAAUAACAUUGAAUCACAGUGUGUGAUGGAAGAUGCAGAUCAGAAAAAGCUGCCUAAAAGGAAGAAAAGGAAGAAAGAGGAAAUUAAAACCGAAGAAAAUGGAAAUGCAAGUGAUCAAGGAAACGAAUCGUCUAAUAAAUUAAAUGAUUCAAACAAUGUGCAAGAACAAACACAGAAACGAUAUAAAGAUUUUAUUAUCCUGGGUACUAAAGCUUCAAGAAAAAAACAGGAAGUUAAGAGAAUGUUACCAGAAUGGUUAGCGGAUCCAGAAAUUAUAGCAAUUGAUUUAAGCAGUGGUCCAAGCUUAGAAGAAUUUAAUUCAAGUUUAGAUCCCAAAAUGAUCGAAGUUUUAACAACCAAUGGUAUCGAUAAGUUAUUCCCGGUUCAAGCUAGUAUGAUAUCUUGGCUACUAAAAUGCGAUAAAGACAGACAGCAGGGAUGGUGGUUACGCGAUACAUGUGUAUCUGCUCCUACUGGCAGCGGUAAAACUUUGGCAUAUGUUAUACCAAUUGUGCAUAUAUUACAGUGUCGAUUGGUACCAAAAAUACGGUGUUUAAUUGUUGUACCAGUACACGAAUUAGCUGCACAAGUUCAUAAGGUGAUGGUUGCAUAUACAUCCCACACAAGCCUGGGAGUUGCUUUACUCUCUGGUGCAUUUUCAUUUCAACAAGAACAAAAUUCUAUUUGUAAAAAGACCCUUAGAGGAGAAUAUGUAUCUUUAGCGGAUGUAAUUGUUGCUACACCUGGACGUUUAAUAGACCAUAUAUUAAAAACGCCAGGAUUUUCCUUAGAUGAUCUCAGAUUUCUUGUUAUCGAUGAAGCAGACAGAGUUUCUGAUUGGUUAGAAUAUCUUCCUGAGCAUCAUCGUAAUGUUCCGCGAUUAACACUCCUCAACAUGCGUAACAGUAAAAUGCCAGCACAGAAACUAUUAUUUAGUGCAACUUUAUCUCAAGAUCCAGAGAAAUUGAACCGUCUUGGGCUUUUUAAACCAAUAUUGUUUACAUCUGUAUUGGUGCGUGAUAAAGACGGAGAUGUAAACUUAGACAAGGAAGUAGGCGAUUUUAUAGGUCGUUAUACAAGUCCUGAAGAACUAACAGAACUUGCAGUAUUGUGCACAGUAGAGUAUAAACCAGUUGCUGUGUAUCAGAUGCUAGUUAGGGAUACGUUUCCUAAAACAUUAAUGUUCACAAAUUCCGGGGAUACCGCUCAUAGAUUGGCUCUUUUGCUUCGAUCGUUUUUAUCUGACGAAAAUGUAGCAGUUGGAGAGCUAUCAGCGCUACUUAUAUCGAAGCAACGUGAAGAUAUACUUAAAAAGUUUACUAAUGGAGAAACUCAAAUUCUUGUGUGCUCAGAUGCAUUAGCCAGAGGUGUAGAUAUUCCAGAUGUGCAAUUAGUUAUAUCCUAUGAUCUUCCUAAACAUAUUAAUGGUUACAUUCACAGAGCAGGAAGAACAGGACGUGCGGGUAAACGUGGCACAGCAAUAUCUGUUCUUACAUCUAAACAAGUGGGAAUAUUUAAGCACAUGUUGACCAAUGCUCAUAAAACGGUGCCAGAUAUUGAAAAAUUACAGUUAGAAUCUAUUGCAAAUACACUAAAUUAUCCCAGUCACCUAGAAAAGCUAAAGGAAGAUCUUGAAAGGGAGAAACAAAACAAUUUACGACAUGUGAAAACUGUUAAACGAAUUAAAUCGACAAUCGCAAAAUGAAGAAAAAGUAUUAU